GGUAUAUAUAUAUAUAUAUAUAUAUGACUUGUAAUGUAUACUUUAUUGCUCAUUCACUUGCAUAAUUCGCAUUAUUGUUUUUAAUGAAAACUGAUUUUAAAUUGCAUUUUUAUUGUCUAUUUCCUAUCAUUUAAGGGAAUAACUAACUUUUAAGGAAGUCUCGGACCGAAGUCUAGUUUUUCUCAAAACUGUGAUAAGAAUCGCAAGCAAUCAAAUAUGGUUCGAGACAUAAUGCUCUGGUAAACACAUUUUUUACUUCAUUCAUUUCAUUUUCAUACAAGUCCACCGGCUUUUGCGGCUUCUGACGUCACAUCACCUACCAUUAGAAUGCGAUCAAUUUGAUCGUAAAAAUCUUGAUUUUCCUCAGCUUCUGCAUCCUUCUUUAUUUUACCUCGUCCAUCAUCCUUAUCCUAAUUGCUUGCUCCUACUUGCUUCUUAACACUUUAAAAAUACAUUUCUAAAAAUCUGGGGUAAUUCUAAACCCGAUUGUGGGAACACUGAUACAUUCGUUCGGUCGGCCCCGGAACCGUCCGUCAGUCAGUUCCUUUUUGGUCAUUGUUUAUUGGUAUGGGUGGGUACGGUACGUUGGUUACGGUUUUUUAUUUAUGUUGUGACAGUGAAUAGUGAGUGAUAUCGUUUAUUAUUUCGCAGUGUUGCGUUUGUGUAUCACGAUGUGUACAGUUACAUUUUCAAUAUUCGCUCUCUGUAUUACAUGAUACUAUAUUGGGCGAAUGUGUACAGAUUUUGAUUGUGUGCAAAUUCUUUGAGUGAAGUGAUAAUCAUGCCGGGUCUAUGUAUUGACGAAUUUAUUGAGGAAACUCGCGAAGAUUAUAAUUCUCCGACUACGUCUACAUUCGUAUCGCGAAUGCCACAAUGCCGUCAGACCAUCAAUUCAUUGGAAGAGACAUUGGAUUUCGACCGCGAUGGCCUAACGAAACUAAAGAAGGCUAUAAAAGCCAUACACAAUUCUGGAAAUGCACACGUGGACAACGAGAUGUACCUCUCGCGAGCACUCGAGCGGCUCGGAGGAAACGCGCUCAGCAGAGACUCCGAGCCGGACAUCGGGGCGGCUUUCUUCAAAUUUGCUGUCGUUACCAAAGAACUAUCAGCACUUAUGAAAACCUUGAUGCAGAAUAUAAACAAUAUAGUAAUGUUUCCCGUAGACAGCGUAUUGAAAGGUGAUCUCAGAGGAGUAAAAGGUGACCUGAAAAGGCCGUUUGACAAAGCUUCCAAAGACUACGAGUCAAAGUACCUGAAGAUAGAGAAAGAGAAGAAGUCUCAGGCAAAAGAGGCGGGAUUAAUCCGAAGUGAGGUGACACCUGCGGAGAUAGCUGAUGAAAUGGAGAAGGAGCGAAGGUUGUUCCAGCUUCAAAUGUGUGAGUACCUGAUAAAGUUCAACGAGAUAAAGACGAAAAAAGGCAUUGAGUUGCUGCAACACCUGGUGGAGUACUACCAUGCGCAGACGAACUAUUUUCAAGACGGUUUAAAGACGAUAAAACAUUUUGGCGUGUAUGUUGCCGAUCUCAGCGUACAGCUACAGAAAAUCCGACAGCAGCAGGACGACGAGAGGAGGCGGCUCUUGGAGCUGAGGAACAUGUUGCGUGCAGCAGCGCCACAGGACCGAGAGGUAGCCUCCACUAUCGGCGGCUAUUCCCUUCACCAGCUGCAAGGUGAUAAGCAACACGGCGUCACGAGGAGCGGUUACUUGCUCAAAAAGUCCGAAGGAAAGGUCCGAAGAGUGUGGCAGAAGCGACGAUGUCGGGUCACAGCUGAGGGCUUCCUGGACAUAUUUCAUGCGGAUGAGAACAAGCCACCGGCGAGGGUCAACCUACUCACCUGCCAGAUUAAGGUGUCGGCUGACGAUAAGAGGGCGUUCGAUUUGGUCUCAUAUAAUCGUACCUACCAUUUCCAAGCGGAAGAUGAGAGUGAACAGCGAGCGUGGUCUUCAGUUCUAGUGAACUGCAAAGAGGGUGCGCUCAUGAGGGCAUUCCAUCAACAAGCGGGCGAAAGUAACGACACUGGGCAUUCUCUUCUGGAUUUGCAGCGGUCGAUCAUACGAGCGGUCAGGACGUUACCGGGAAACCAAGUGUGCGCCGACUGUGGUUCUAGCAAUGAUCCUACCUGGUUAUCGACGAAUUUCGGCGUGAUAGUGUGUAUAGAAUGUUCCGGAAGCCACAGAGAAUUGGGCGUGCACAUAUCUAGGAUACAGUCGCUUACGUUAGACAGACUUAGUACAUCCCAGCUGCUGUUAGCGAGGCACAUGGGCAAUCAGAUGUUCAACGAAGUAAUGGAGAACACUCUCGACGAACGAGACAAACUUACUCCGGAAAGCACUAUGGAGGAACGGUUAAGGUUUAUUCGCGAGAAGUACGUCUAUAGAGCGUGGGCUGCGCGCACAUGCUGCGACGCCGCCGAGAGAUUAUCCGAAGUGGAGCACGCAGUCAAUAAUGGGCAUCUACAGAACCUUCUACAGGCGUACGCUGAAGGAGCGGAUCUGGCCGCACCGUUGCCUUGCUCGGAUUGCGGCGAAACGGCACUUCACUUAGCUAUAUCGCGGGAACUGGGCGACGGUUCCAGUCUGCACAUAGUCGAUUUUCUAGUCCAGAACGGCGGCUCUCAGCUGCUUGACAAACCCACCACUACCGGAAUGACGGCCUUACAUUUGUGCACGGCCACAGAUCGUACGGAACCAAUGAAACUGUUGCUCAAAGCAGGCGCUGACACAACAUUGAAAGAUGGUAGCGGAAGAACCGCUUUGCAGAUCGCUAAACAACUGGGGCAUCACGCUUGUCAGGAACUGUUGGAGAAUGUAGACAAGAGAGAAAAGAGCAUGUUCGAAAACAUUAAUAUAGACUGGAAUUUAUCCCAUGACGAUGGGUCAACAGACUUCUCGGACGACGACACUGUUAUUGAUGAACGGCAAAACGGCAGCGUGACUCCAGAGAAGAAAUGCCCCAGGUCGCGGCCUCCCUCGUACGCAGGCGGCGCUUGUGCCGUCGUAAGCGGCGGGGAUUCCCCCGUAUUACGUUCGAGGUCUUCCACUUGUGACUCACUUCAGCACGCACCCCCCACCCCUACUACGCUGCCCAGGAAGCCGGCUAUGUAUAACAUCGGCAGUCUGAAGAAACGCACCGCGCCAUUACCGCCAGCGGUGGCGUUGUCUCAUCCGCCGCCGCAUCCGAGGUCAACGCCCUCGCCAUCAGCUGACAGUGCCCGAUUGAUACACGGUGGUGGCGGCACUAUGACAAAACAUCGACCGCAACAACCGCCACCAACUCCGCCUCCAGUUCCUACGUUACAAAAUGGCGCCCAUCGUGAUGAACCGACGCCUCCACCAAGAAAGAAGAAAAAUAGAUUGCAUCUGGAAAAGGGCGUCAAAGCGAAACUCAGAAGGGAAUGUUCUAGUCAAGAUUCGUCGUUGGAGUUGUGCGACAUCUCGGAUUCGUGUUUAGACGAUAGUCGGCUGCAAUUUGCGCUCUCCGAUAGUUCGAGAUCAAGAGAUCGCUCGAGACGGAGCGAUAGUCGCUCUUUGGACGUAUCUGAUACGUCCAGUGUGCAUUCGCGCUCACCGUCCGCUUCUAUUACUAUGAUGGGCGGUCUAAGGAGAUGUCGAGCCCUUUAUGACUGUUCCGCCGACAACGAGGACGAACUAUCGUUCCGCGAAGGCGAAGUUAUCGUCGUUAUCAACGAACGCACCGAAGACGACAACUGGAUGGAAGGCCAGGUUGAAGGCACCCCACGCCGCGGUAUGUUUCCCGUCUCUUUCGUACACAUGCUGCCAGACUAGGACGGCGAUACUGCGCACCAACGGGAUGGCGUUCAAUGACCUCAGCAAGCUUCCUCAACCUCCGUGUUUCAAAUAAACAUCACCUAACGUAAUUUGAUUGUGCGUUGCCGGAAAGAGUUGUAAUGUUUUCGUGUACGCUGAAUACAACACUGACAAAUACGAAUAAACAGCGUAUAUAUGUAUGUAAUACUAUCUACAAUGGAUGGAGUGCCAGAUGAGGGUAUGUUCCCCGUCUCUUUCGUACACAUGCUGCCAGACUAGGACGGCGAUACUGCGCACCGACGGGAUGGCGUUCUAUGACCUCAGCAAGUUUCCUCAACCUACGUGUUUCAAAUAAUCAUUACCUAACGUAAUUUGAUUGUACGUUGCCGGAAAGAGCUGUAAUGUUUUCGUGUACGCUGAAUACAUCACUGUCAAAUACGAAUAAACAGCUAGAUAUAUUGUUAUGUGUGUAAUAAUAACUACAUGUGUACAAUGUGAUUAAUAAAUUAAUGGAUGGAGUGCCAGAUGAGGGUAUGUUCCCCGUCUCUUUCGUACACAUGCUGCCAGAUUAGGACGGCGAUACUGCGCAC